UAGCGCCAAACGCUAAAACAACGUUCGUAUCUUGUUUGGAGAAUAAGACUUUUGACGUCCGUGACCCAGAACUCUGACAGGCGGACGUUUUUGUGUCCUGUCUACUGAAGGCAAAAGCCUUAAUUCUACGUAAGCUAUUUUCUACGCAGUGUUUGAGCUUCAGUCUUCAUUCCACGUUAGAUAUAUCCCGCAAUUUCCUUUGCUGAAUCAAACUGCCUCCGCAACAAUGCGCGUUCACGUCGGUUAGAGUUUCCGUCCUGAGAAUUGCAGCUGCUGGCUUCCCGUCUGUGUUGUAGAAUAAAAACGAAGAGGAAAAAAUACUGCUGUUGCUUGCCAAUUAUAUAGCGAUUCUUUUUUUCCUCUCAGUUGGACUUGUAUCGGAACAGUUUCACACAUUCAUUUGCUAGCCAUCAUAUGAAUAUAUAAAUUAAACUAAACCAAUUUUUGACCUUUUUAAAGGCCUUUUAUCUGGAAAAAGGAUGUCGAAGCGGUUACGGAACAGCGAGGUUUGCGCUGAUUGUAGCGUUCCAGAGCCUCGUUGGGCCUCGGUAAACAGAGGGGUGUUGAUCUGUGAUGAGUGCUGCAGUGUUCACCGCAGCCUGGGCCGACACAGCUCCCAGGUCCGCCACCUGACGCACACGCCCUGGCCGCCUACCCAGCUACAGAUGGUUCAGACCUUAUACAACAAUGGUGCAAAUUCAAUAUGGGAGCACUCCCUGCUGGAUCCUGCCUCCGUCAUGAGUGGGAAGCGCAAAGCCAACCCGCAGGACAAAGUCCACCCAAACAAAACAGAGUUCAUAAAAGCCAAAUAUCAAAUGCUGGCGUUUGUCCACCGGAUGCCAUGCCGCGAUGACGACAGCUUUACGGCUAAGGACCUGAGCAAGCAACUUCACUCCAGCGUCCGGACGGGUAAUCUGGAGACCUGCCUGAGGUUACUUUCCCUGGGAGCACAGGCCAACUUCUUCCAUCCGGAGAAAGGGAACACGCCCUUGCACGUGGCUGCCAAAGCGGGGCAGGUCUCGCAGGCAGAGCUGCUUACCGUUUAUGGGGCUGACCCAGGAGCGCCCGACAGCAGUGGCAAAACCCCCAUUGACUAUGCAAGGCAAGCUGGGCACCAUGACCUUGCUGACCGACUGGUGGAGAUUCAGUAUGAGCUUACUGACAGGCUAGCGUUCUACCUCUGUGGGAGGAAACCAGAUCAUAAAAACGGACAACACUUUAUAAUCCCCCAAAUGGCAGACAGGAAUGUCAGUCUGGAUUUGUCAGAAUUGGCAAAAGCUGCAAAGAAAAAACUUCAAUCUCUCAGUAAUCAUUUGUUUGAAGAAUUGGCGAUGGAUGUAUACGAUGAAGUGGACAGAAGAGAAACUGAUGCCGUAUGGCUAGCAACUCAGAAUCAUAGCACCCUGGUAACAGAAACAACAGUCGUGCCUUUCCUUCCUGUGAACCCUGAAUAUUCAUCAACAAGAAACCAGGGGAGACAGAAGCUUGCAAGGUUCAAUGCGCAUGAGUUUGCAACGCUCGUUAUAGAUAUUUUAAGCGACGCAAAACGUCGGCAACAGGGAAACUCUGUUGCAAGCCCAAAAGAAAAUGUGGAACUAAUCCUGAAGGGUGUAGGAAGUCGGCAUGGAAGUGAAGCCCAGGACAACGACCAGCCUGACUACGACAGCGUGGCAUCAGACGAAGACACUGAUCAAGAACCACCCUCUGGCAAAGCAGAUAGGGCCAAGAGCGUGGAUUCAGAUCUUUCGGAUGGGCCCAUCACGGUGCAGGAGUUCCUUGAGGUGAAGAACGCACUGACUGCCUCAGAGGCCAAGAUCCAGCAACUCAUGAAGGUCAACAGCAACCUGAGCGACGAGCUGCGACUUAUGCAGAAAAAGCUUCAGUCGCUGCAAAGCGAGAACACCUCUCUGAGGCGGCAGGUCACAACCAAUAUCUAUCAGGUCCCCAGCGGUUCAGACUACCCCGACCCUUCCAGCCCCUCUGCCCUGAAGCGCCGGCCUUCUGCGCGGGGCAGCCGCCCCAUGUCUAUGUAUGAGACUGGCUCGGGGCUGAAGCCCUAUCUCCCCAAGGGAGAGACCCCCUACCCAGAAGAGGGUAUCCCCACUCUGCAACCCUUCCCGCCUCAUAUCGGGAGAGGGGCUUUUGUGACCACCUCUUCAUCCCUCCCCUCCUUCCCUUCCACCCUGUCCUGGUCACGGGACGAGAGCGCGCAAAGGGCCUCCAAGCUGGAAAAGCAGAGCAGCAUGCCAGAUAGUGACUAUGACAACACAACCAACGACUCUGAGCUGGACGACACGGGCCUGGGUCGGAAGGGCAAGCUGAGGAGCAGCGGCUGGCAGGGAGAGGGCUCCAUCCCGGAGCUGGACGACCUGGAGGCGGAGCCUGACUCCACCCUACCCAGCACCGAGGACGUCAUCCGCAAGACUGAGCAGAUAACCAAGAACAUCCAGGAGCUCCUUCGGGCGGCGCAGGAGAACAAGCACGAGAGCUUUAUACCAUGCUCAGAAAGAAUACAUGUUGCUGUGACAGAAAUGGCCGCGUUAUUUCCCAAGAAGCCCCGCUCAGAGACCGUACGGGCCUCCCUGCGCCUCCUGACAUCCAGUGCCUACCGGCUGCAGUGUGAGUGCAAGAAGGCGGCACCGGCCGAGACCGGCCCUGGCCCAGACAUGCAGCUGGUCACCCAGCAGGUCAUCCAGUGCGCCUACGACAUCGCCAAGGCCGCCAAGCAGCUCGUCACCAUCACCACCAAAGAGAACAACAACUGACCACAUCAACAGGGAGGCCAUGCGCUGACCCAAAGGCCCAACAUUUCUGCUUGGUUAACAUGUUAUUUGCCUUUUUUUUUAAAAAAAAAAAAAAAGAAAAGAA